AUGUGCAAGGACGACGUGGAGAUACGAGCGUCGCCGACUUAUGCUGACGAUGCUCGAGUUGGCCACUUCCUUCAUCCUGGGCAAGUAGUGGUGGUGGAUGACCGCCGGAUGGUCAAUGGCUCCUGCUUUCUGCAUCUUGCUGAUGGUCGCGGAUGGGUCUUUGAAACCAAGGACCGAUUGCUGGUCAUGACGGAGGUGCAGGACUUUGAGCGGGGGCUUUGGCACUACAGCGUAAUUUGCGAGGAGGAUGUGGAGACCAGAAUCUCCCCAACGUACUCCGAUGAUGCGCGGACCGGUGUGGUCCUGCCUUCCGGCGAUUGCAUCGCUGUUGACGAGCGGUGUACUGUGGCCAAUGCGCGGUUCUUGAAGCUUGCAGAUGGUCGAGGAUGGGUUUUUGAGACGAAGGACCGUCUCCUCGUUAUGAGCGAGGUGAGGCCGAAGGCCCAGGAAGCCCGGGACUUUGCUCGGGGCAUGUGGCACUACUCCGUGGUGUGUGACGAUGAUGUGGAGAUCCGGGCUGCGCCCACGUACUCCGAUGAGGCACGCACUGGGCUGACAGUCCAUCCUGGUGACUGUGUCGCAGUUGACGAGCGAUGCCGAGUUAAUGCAACAUGGUUCCUUCGACUUGCUGAUGGAAGAGGAUGGCUCUUUGAGACGAAGGACUCCCGCCGUGUUAUGAUGCAAAUUCACUGA